AUGCCUCACGCAGCACUUACGCGCGAAUCGGUCGCUUCGCAUAACAAGGGCGACGAUCUCUGGUGCAUAAUCGACCACAAAGUAUACGAUCUCAGCGACUUUGUGGAUGCGCAUCCCGGCGGGUCCGUUGUGCUCGAGCAGGUGGCGGGCCAAGAUGCGACGACGACGUUUUACAAUCUGCACCGACAAGAAGUGCUGGAAAAGUACAGCGAGCUGUGCAUUGGCACGAUUGAGGGCGAGACACCAGAGGUGAUUGUGCAGAAGCCCGGCGAUCUGAGCCCAGUGCCGUACGCGGAGCCGUUGUGGCUGCGGCCGCAGUUCAAGAGCCCGUACUUCAAGGAGAGCCACCGGGCGCUACAGAGGGAGAUUCGCAAGUUUGUCGACACGCACAUUACGCCCGAGGCGCAGCAAAAGGAAAAGGAUGGCACCCAGGAGCUGAUUGACAAGAUGGCGGCAAACGACAUGCUGGCGAUGCGUCUGGGGCCGGGCAAGCAUCUGCAUGGCAAGAAGCUGAUGGGCGUGGUCCAGGGCGAGGAAUUUGACUAUUUGCACGAUCUGGUGCAGGCGCAGGAGGGUGUGCGGGCAAACGCUCGGGGCUUCCAGGACGGCAACAUGGCGGGCAUGACGAUCAGCUUGACGGCCGUGCUGCAGUGGAUGCCCGAGUCGGACGUCAAGACGCGAGUCGUGAACGAGGUGCUGAGCGGCAAGAAGAAAAUGUGCCUGGCCAUCACCGAGGCCUUUGCCGGGUCCGACGUUGCGGGCAUCAAGACGACGGCGACCAAGACGGCCGACGGCAAGCAUUACAUUGUGCGCGGGACCAAGAAAUGGAUCACCAAUGGCAUGUUCAGCGACUACUUUGUCGUGGGGUGCAGGACGGAAAAGGGCUUCUCGGUGCUGCUCGUGGAGCGCGACGCGGCCGUCGAGACGAAGCUGAUCAAGACGAGCUACUCAACCACGGCUGGGACUGCGUUUGUCGAGUUCAACGACGCCAAGGUUCCGGUGGAGCACCUGCUGGGCGAGGAGCACAAGGGGUUUGUGGUCAUCAUGAGCAACUUCAACCACGAGCGCUUCAUGAUGGCGUGUGCCGUGAUCCGACAGUCGCGAACGAUUGUCGAGGAGUGCCUCAAGUGGUGCAACCAACGCAUUGUGUUUGGGAAGAAGCUGAUUGAGCAGCCGGCGAUCCGUCAAAAGCUUGCAAAGAUGAUUUCGCACGUCGAGGCCAACCAGGCGUGGCUCGAGUCGAUUGCGUUCCAGAUGACACACAUGUCGUAUGGGCAGCAGUCGAAGCAGCUGGGGGGCCCGAUAGGGCUGCUCAAGUCGCAUGCGACGCGCUCUGCACACGAGAUUGCCGACGAGGCCGUCAAUAUUUUUGGAGGGCGAGGACUGACCCAGGGAGGCAUGGGGCGCGUGGUUGAGCAGUUCCAUCGCACGUACAAGUUUGAUGCUAUUUUGGGGGGGACCGAAGAGAUUCUGGGCGAUCUGGGAGUGAGACAGGCGAUGAAGCAGUUCCCCAAGAGCAUGCUGUGA